CCUUCCUUCUAUUUCUCUCUCUAUCUCGCCCCUUCCCCCCAAUCUCCUUCUCUCUCUGUAUUAAUAUCUUGUUCUCUCAAUCAAUCAAUCAAAGUCUCCAAAUUUUGGGAAAUGGACGUCAAUGGUAGACUUUGCAGUUCCGCAACUCAAAGUGAUGAAGAGAUGGACCUCAGGAGGGGUCCAUGGACUGUUGAAGAAGAUCUCAUACUCAUCAAUUACAUAGCUAACCAUGGUGAAGGUCGCUGGAAUUCCCUUGCUCGAUAUGCAGGUCUGAAAAGAACUGGGAAAAGCUGCAGAUUGAGAUGGUUGAACUACCUUAGACCAGAUGUUCGACGUGGUAACAUCACCCUUGAAGAACAGCUAUUAAUCCUUGAGCUUCAUUCUCGCUGGGGAAAUCGGUGGUCGAAAAUCGCUCAACACUUACCAGGAAGAACAGAUAAUGAGAUUAAGAAUUACUGGAGAACAAGAGUUCAGAAACACGCAAAACAACUCCAAUGCGACGUGAACAGCAAACGAUUUAAAGAUACUAUGCGUCUAGUAUGGAUGCCGAGGUUGGUGGAGAGAAUCCAAGCAGCGGCUUCAGCUUCUAACAACUCCUCCACCAUCACUACUGCUCAACACAACACCAACAAUCUUCCCAAUAACGUAGUCACAGGACAGAUCUUACCCACGUCGAGAAACGAAGACUUUGGGGUCGUCGUCGCACAGGACUCCUCCAGCGGCGCCGCUGCUGCUUCUUCAGAUUUGUUUGGAACCCAAGUAGUAUCUCCGCCGGUUUCCGACCUUACCACCGAUUACUACAAUUUUCCGGCCACCAAUUGUACUGAUGGGUUCCAAUCAGGAUCUGUACAAGUCAGCUAUGCAGAUUGCUUAACUAGCCCAACUGGGUACUUCAACAAUGGAUUGGAUUUCCAAGCUAUUGAUCAACAAAACAACAAUAAUGUCUGGUUAGAUGGUACAGAUGUAUCAGAGAAUCUGUGGAAUGGAGAUGACAUUUGGUUUCUACAGCAGUAGUCCAUUUAAUUGUUAGAAGAAAGAGGAAGGAAAGAGAAAUCAAAUUUACAGAGAGGAUCUUGCAAUUGGUCAAGAACAACUAC